AAAGAGGAGCUUCUCCAUUCUGUCAGCUCUCCGGGGACAUCCAAGGCAAGACUGGCACCCACGGCUGUGUGGCAGUGACUGACCACUGAACGCCCAGUCCCGGGAGCCAUGGAGUCCUUCAGCUCCAAGAGCCUGGCCCUGCAGGCAGAGAAGAAGCUGCUGAGCAAGAUGGCUGGCCGCUCGGUGGCCCACCUCUUCAUCGAUGAGACGAGCAGCACCGUGCUGGACGAGCUCUACCGAGUGUCGAAGGAGUACACGCACAGCCGGGCCCAGGCCCAGCGCGUCAUCAAGGACCUGAUCAAGGUGGCCGUCAAGGUGGCCGUGCUGCACCGGAAUGACAGCUUUGGGCCCAGCGAGCUGGCCCAGGCCUCCCGCUUCCGCCAGAAGCUGCGGCAAGGCGCCAUGACGGCGCUCAGCUUUGGCGAGGUGGACUUCACCUUUGAGGCGGCCGUGCUGGCCAGCCUGCUGGCCGAGUGCCGCGACGCACUGCUGGAGCUGGUGCAGCACCACCUCACACCCAAGUCCCACGGCCGCAUCCGCCAUGUGUUUGACCACUUCUCUGACCCCGGGCUGCUCACCGCCCUCUACGGGCCUGACUUCAGUCAGCACCGUGACAAGAUCUGCGAUGGGCUCAGGAAGCUGCUGGAUGAGGGCAAACUAUGAUUCUCGCCCUGCUUUGGCCUCUGAAAACACCCUGCCCUCAAAAAACUUAAAACUGCUGGUGGAAAAACAGAGACUGAGAGCUGAGGCCCGGCUCCCACGCCUGGGACAGGAAGCCACGGAGUCUGCUUGAGAAAGAGGAAGGGAAAGUUGGCUCUCUGUUCACCCCAAAGGGACGUCUGAACUAGGGAAGACCCCACGCCCCUAGAAGCAGGGAGAGAAGCCUCGGUCCACUUCACCCUUCUGUGGACCUUAAGGAUCCGGGGAGCCGCAGGGGAGGAGGGGAAUAGAGGGCCCCUGGUGUAUCUAGACGCUCUUCAAGCAGAGACCAGCUCUUCCAAAGUGCAGGCAGAGGGACAGGGCAAGGGGCUCUCGCAGGGGCAAUAAAACUCCUAAACCA